GCGCGGCUCGGCCCCGCAGCAGACUCCAAGAUGAGGAAGGUGCUGUGGGUGGAGCCCGUCAUCUUCGUGUACACGUUCGCGUCGUCGCUGACGAGCCCGCUGGCGCAGCAGUUCCUCUACGGGCGCCUCUGGCAGGAGCAGCACAACGGCAGCCAGGCGGGCAACGGCAGCGGCGGCCGCUGCGAGCCCAACGGCAGCAGCCCGGCCUACCACCAGCAGAAGGAAGUUCAAGAAAAGGCCUCUCUUUUUACUAUGCAGUUGGACUUAAGUGGGGCAAUUCCCAGCCUUAUAGUUGCCUUUGUCAUUGUAGCUAACGGGGAUCGCCAGGGACGCAAAAGGUCUUUAGUUUUACCUUCGGUGGGAGCUCUGAUUACAAAUAUCGCCUUCACUGCAAUAUCCUAUUUUUCCCUGCCACUCUUUAUCUUAUAUGGGGUGGCAUUUAUUACUGGACUGUUUGGGGGUAUGGCAACUUUCCUUGGAGGAGGUUUUGCUUUUAUAGCAGAUCUGUGUCAGGACGAGAAGCAGAAAACAACACGAAUAGCUGUGGUGGAUUUGAUCUUUGGUUUUGUGUCAGGGCUGGCAGGACUAUCUUCUGGCUACUUUAUAAAGGGAAUAGGUUUUACAUGGACAUUUGUGACAGCAGCCCUGCUUCAUGUCAUUAAUAUUACCUAUAUUAUAUUUUGUCUGGAAGAUACAGGAGGUGUAUCUGAAGUCCAGCAACAGGAUCCAGUAUCUUGUAAAGAUACUCUUAAAGAGACRUUCUCUGGAGUCUACAUGCUUUUUAAAAAUGCCCCUUUUAAAAAGAGAGUUUUAAUCACUGUGCUACUGUUUACAUUUAUGACUUACUUGUUUACUGCGUUCGGUGGGGGCUCGCUUUUUACCCUGUAUGAACUGGAUGAGCCGCUCUGCUGGAAUGAAGUGUACAUUGGCUAUGGAGCAGCUGCCUCUACUUCCAUCUCUCUGACUAGUUUCUUAGGAGUUUACUUACUUUCUAAGCGUCUCAAGGACAUUUAUAUUGUCUUUAUUGGAAUAUUUUCUUACAUUGGAGGAAUGGUCAUGGCUGCCUUUGCCAAAACUACUCUGCUCAUGUUUCUAGUGAGAAUUCCAUCUUUACUUUGCUUUAUGCCUGUUCCUGUCUUACGAUCCAUGCUGUCAAAAGUUGUUCUUGCCAGGGAACAGGGUGCUGUCUUUGCUUGUAUUGCCUGUUUGGAAGCUGUCACCCUGACUGUUUCGAUUUCAGUUUUUAAUAGUCUCUACGCAGCCACUGUUGCCUGGUUUUCAGGCUUCAGCUUCCUCUUGUCAGCAGCCCUUUGCCUGCUUCCACUGAGUGCACUAUGCUGGCUUCUGUGCACAAGCUGGAAUGAGGAGGAUUUGGCUCUACUUGUCCACGAAGAAGUCUCMAGCAUUGAGAGCACUGACAGCUGAGCCAAGGAUUCGCUCACCUGGGUKUUCUGAUGUGACACGCGGCGGCUGGGACCGCUCUAUCACACGCAGCAGAGACAACACAGCAAUUAAAGAUGCAAUUUAAAGCGGCCCUGCAGCAAUAACCACUAAACUGAUAGCACCCUAUUUCCAGUGUCUCCUUUUAGCACUUGAAUUAGACUAACUCUUAACUAUGCAAAUAGGCUGGCAGUGGAGAUUUUGAUGCUGCUUUCAGCUUAAAGGAAAAAAACAAGGUAGGUGAUGCUGCCUGUCCAGCUACUCGUUCUCAAGUGAGAAAAUGUUAGUGGCAUCUUGUACCUCUUAUAUCAUUCUAAGUGGGGUGACAGCAGUAAGUUUAUUUGCAGUAAGUUUAUUACUGUCAGGAACUCUGC